AUGUCAUACCAACCCGCGAUAAGCAAGUUCUUCAAGUCCAACAGUAAGAACUCAGCAAAACGAAGUGCCAGCGGGAAUGGGAAUACUGGAAGUCCUUCACCACAGCCUGUUACUGGCAGCAGAUCACAAUCUUCUGGGUUUUGGAAAGACACAGCUAGGAAGUCGGGCGAUGGCACAGCUGAGAAGCAUGAAGCGAAUGCUGCAGACCCAGCCAGGGCAGUCUCAAAAGUCGCAAAGGCAGCCCUCAGCGAGUAUAGUUUCACAAGAGCGAAGAGCACUGAGGACGCUCCAUCAAGACGUGGCAUACAAGAGUCCGAUGAUUUCUCGGAGAAGGUCCAAAGCGCUUUGAGAAAGCGAGCUUCCGGUACAUUGGAUCGUGAAGCUGACCAAGAUUCUUCGACAGAUGCUGCCGCUAUUGAGCCAGCAUCGAAAAAAUCUAGAAAGUCUGAUAAACUGACACCUCUUGACCAACAGGUCAAAGAUCUUAAGCUGCAGCAUAUGGACAAGAUUCUUGCUGUACGUGUCGGCUAUAAGUACAAAUUUUUUGCUAUGGAUGCAGUUAUAGUGAGCAAGAUACUUCAAAUAAUGCUCAUUAGUGGCAAGCUAACCUUGGAUGAUUCUCACCCCUGUGAUCGCUCCUACAAGCAGCUUGCUUACUGUAGCAUUCCAGACAAUAGAUUGCAAGUGCACUUACAAAGGCUUUUACGGCACAAUCUUAAGGUGGGGGUCGUAGAGCAGGCGGAAACACAAGCAAUCAAAAGAGCUCACGGGACCUCGAGUGGUGUUUUUAGGAGAAAAGUUGACAAAGUUUUCACUAAAGCAACCUUUUCGAUCAAUGAGACUUUUAAUCGUGCAGAAGCUAACUCCACUGGUGAGCUCAGUACAAUAUGGGCUUUGAAAGCCGCCGAAGACGAGCACUUCUUCCAUUUUUGGCUGCUUUCUGUACAGUUAAGCAGUGGCGAAGUCAUUCAUGAUAAGUUUUCGGACAGAAAAAAGAUGUCCGCAAUUGAGCUUGAUAAAAGAAUAUCAUAUUUGAGCCCCAUUGAAGUUGUUUCUCGAGGACCUCUUCCGGAAGUCAUAGUAUCGUUCAUCAAAAAACGUCAGUCAGAAGUUCAGUUCUAUGAUCUCAGUACAUCGGAACCAGAAGCACCUCAAGGAUCACAUUUAGGUGGCAUAAAAUUACCGGAAGAACUGUUAGAAUUACGAGCAACCCUCCGUCACUAUCUCGAAAACUAUGAUACCCACAAAAUUCUUGAUAUUCUGCAUAAUUAUAAGCCCUUUGACACUAAGACAAAUAUGAUUCUUUCUCCAAAUACGCUUGAGAGCCUCGAGAUUUUCGAAAAUCAGACUGACCUGACUACGCGAGGAUCCUUAAUGUGGAUAUUGGAUCAUACAAGAACCCCGUACGGUUACCGCCUACUGCGCGAAUGGAUCUCCAGACCGCUUACUGACAAAAAUGAGAUAAACAAGAGACUAGACGCGAUAGAGUGUGCUAGGAAAGAAAUAACAAGUAUAUUUAUGGAAGCAUUGAGCAACAUGCUAAAAGAUACACCUGAUUUUUUGAAAAAUUUGAACAGAAUCUCAUAUGGUCAGACUUCAAGACAAGAAGUCUACGUGUUUUUGAAACACCUCGACAAAAUUGCUAAACACUUUAUUAGCCACCAUUAUUACCUCCAAGAACAGGUUUUUGAUACAGGGGGGAGAGUUCACCAGAGAUCCACACUAUUGACAUCUGUUUUACAGCAAUUGGAUGAUGCUCUGAGGAAAAUAAACGUAACCCAUCUACUUAAUAUGAUAAAUGUUGAGGGAGCCUUAGAUAAAAACAAAGAGAAAAGCUGCAACGAAUUUUUUGACCUGAACAAUUACGACAAUGCAGAGGUUAUCAUAUCAAAAUUGAGGGAUAUAGAUAGUGUCAAAGAAGAGCUUCAACGAGAGUUGGAAAGGAUUAGGAGAGUUCUCAGAAGGCCAAGGUUUUUUUUCAAAGAUGAGAUAGAAUAUCUUAUUGAGGUACGUAACACUCAACUCAACGGCCUCCCCACGGAUUGGGUCAAAGUCGCAAGCACGAAAACGCUGAGCAGAUUCAGAACUCCCGAGACUACAAAACUGGUAAAUCAAUUGGAAUACCAUAAAAACCUAUUGACUUAUGUCUGUGAUGAAGAAUUCAAAAAAUUUUUGGUCCGCAUAUCUGCAGAUUAUGCACAACUAAGAGACAUCAUAAACAAAUUAGCGACAUUUGAUUGUAUUCUGUCCAUAUCUGCUGCAUCCUUCAAUCGCAAUUAUGUCAGGCCAAAGUUCUCGGAAAACUCGCGUCAGAUAAAUAUCAAGAAUGGGCGAAAUCCCAUUAUUGAAUCCCUCGACGUCAACUACGUCGCUAACGAUGUUCACAUGAAAGAAGAUGCAAACAAGCUCAUGAUAAUUACGGGCCCGAACAUGGGGGGUAAAUCUUCUUUUAUUCGCCAAGUGGCACUGAUAGGGAUCCUGGCUCAAAUUGGUUCUUUCGUGCCUGCUGACAGUGCGGAAAUACCAAUUUUUAAUAACGUUUUUACGCGUAUUGGAGCACAUGACAAUCUCAUAAAGGGCGAUUCAACCUUCAAGGUCGAAAUGCUUGAAAUGCUGGAUAUCCUUAAAAAUUGUAACGAAAAUUCACUUUUAUUACUGGACGAAGUUGGUAGAGGUACAGGUACAACCGAUGGCGUCAGUAUUUCUUAUGCUAUAAUCAAGCAUUUCACAUCAAUGGAGACUAAAUGUCCAUUCAUCUUGUUCAUCACACAUUAUCCGAUUUUGGGGUCGAUUACAUCACCGCUCCUCGACAACUACCACAUGUCUUUCAUAGAAGAGAGGAGACCAGGCGAGAGGUGGCCUACUGCUGUAUUCUUGUACAAGUUGACACGAGGGCUCGCUAGUGAUUCAUAUGGGCUCAAUGUCGCCAGAUUAGCGAACAUACCAACCGACAUUAUAAACAAAGCAUUUGAGAUAUCAGAACAGGCUAAAUUUGAAAUGGAAGGUGACAAACAUUUGCGUUUCAUCAGCGCUGUAAAAGCGGCUUUGUUAGAUAAGGGCUCAUCCUAUAAAGAGAAGCUGUUGCGCCUUUUGGAAAUAGAGGAGUAA